UAUAAUUUCGUGUAUAAUUUUUAACUCACCUAUUGGUUAAAUGACGUAAACGAAAUAAAUAAUACAAACAGAAAGUCAAAUACAUUCAAGUGAAGGUUAUUUGAAAUUUAGUACAUUUUUUAGUAACCACAGAUCAUCUAAUAUUAAGUGCGCGGCAAAUUUCAUCUAGAAUUAUACGAUCGUAACAUGGAAAAAGAGGAGACUGCAACAGUGCAGUAUCAUCAUAGCGAUUAUAAGACACCCAAAAAGUCAUCUUUAAUAAUAGAUGGCGAACGCUUAUUGGAUAAGAUAAACAUAUUAACGACAAGGCCUGAGAAUCAGUCAUGUACAAAGCUUCCAACCAUAAAGGACUUUGUUAUUAUUAAGCCAAUAAGCCGCGGUGCAUUUGGAAAAGUAUUUCUGGGAUAUAAAAAUAAUGAUCCAAAUAGAUUAUAUGCCAUCAAAGUUAUGCGAAAGUCCGAGAUGAUAAAUAAAAAUAUGGUAUCACAAGUGAUUACGGAACGCAAUGCGUUGGCAUUAUCACGUAGUCCAUUUUGUGUUAGCCUCUUUUAUUCGCUACAGUCGGUCUCGUACGUCUAUUUAGUGAUGGAGUAUAUGGUAGGUGGUGAUCUAAAGUCGCUCCUUACCAUGUACGGGUACUUUGACGAAGCAGUUGCACGUUUCUAUGUUGCAGAAGUUGCGCUAGCGUUGCAAUAUUUACACGACCACGGCAUUGUGCAUCGCGACAUAAAGCCAGAUAAUAUGUUGCUAUCAGCGACCGGUCAUGUAAAAUUGACCGAUUUCGGUUUAAGCAAGAUUGACAAUCACAGAGAUUUAGAAAUAUCGGAUUUGAUAAAUAUAUCGCCCACCUUAAAUACACGUACACCUGGCCAGUUGCUUUCCCUUACGUCACAUUUAUCCUUUGGAUCAGAGAAGAAAAUGGAGUGUGGCACUGGCAUCUCAAAUCUGAUGAAUGCUAUGAAUAAGCGCAAUAUGAUAACUGAGUCUUCGGAUAGUGAGGCAGACACAUCAUUUAAUGAAGCUGAACGCACAAGCGAUAGCAAAAUAUCUGGUGUCUCACCGUUCUUUUCCGCCGAGGAGAUUAAUGUUUCAGUUUCACAUACAUGCACUAUUAAUCCACAACUUGCUGACAGCACUUCUUCGUACCAUACGUGCACAUCCACAGAGAUAAGCAAAAAUGAUACAAGUACCGGUGUCGCAAGUGCGGGCUCUAAUACAAAGCAUGUUGGCUUCGUAGACAUUAUUAUUGAUCUCAAGGUUGCAGCUGCUGCAGCGCGAGCGAAUUGCAAUGGUUGCAAGCAGGAAAAAAAUAUACAUUUAAAUGAUAAUAACACAGAGAAUAAGGUUUUGAUUAAAGUGGAGCAGAGAGAGCAGGAAGAUGCUUCAUUUGAGUUUAGCAUGGUUCGAAAGCGUUCCAUGGAUGAGCGUUUGCGUGUUUCCAAAGUCGCCGAAGACUCGGGCGUAUCUAGUCGCAAAAGUGACUAUUCUCUAUCGCAGAUCAACACGACUACCAAUUCGCUAGAUAAGGUUGAGAAUAUGUUUAUUUCGAAAAAUGAUACCAGCUGCUCCGACUAUUCGCGCAGCUAUAACACGAAUAAUACCAAUGAAACCAGCAGUAUGCGUUCACCGUUUCGCAACCUUUCGAAAAAUUUCAAACGUCCUGAAUUUCUAAGGGGUAUGAAACGUAAACUAAAUCUUUUAAAUCGUUCUGAGACCUCAUCCAAUCUGGAGACGGACGGUUCCAAUUCUGCAUCGAACUCUGGCAGCACCGGACUCACGCAAGAGAUCGAUAUGCUGGAUAUCGGUAGUAGUACGCCGAAAAAGCGUAAAGCUGUUAGUGGCGUACUGAAAAUACGUUCACUCUCAGACGAUGAAAUGCCGCCAACACUCAAUGAGCACGUCACAAAUGUAGUGUUCUCGACACCUGUGUCAUCGCAAAAGGUGCCACGUCGUGACGGUGGUUUGUUGGGUAAACUUAAGGCCACACGCUUUGCAUUACCACUCUCGAUAGAGGCGAAAAAAAUCGAACCAAUGACUGAGAAGACGUCGUAUCUUAAAAUGGCUGCUGAUGAUCCCACCAUGUCACCCAUUAAUUUGGGCAAUAAUGUGCCGAAAACACCGAAAUGCAUAAAUACACCAUUUCGUACACCGAAAUCGGUACGUCGCGGCAUUGGUCGUCAGUCCUUUGAACGCAUACUGGGCACACCCGACUACUUGGCGCCGGAAUUAUUGUUGCGGCAAGGUCACGGACCGGCUGUGGAUUGGUGGGCACUGGGCGUUUGCUUCUAUGAAUUCUUGACUGGCUUGCCACCCUUCAACGAUGAAACACCACAAAAAGUUUUCGACAACAUUCUAAAUAAAAAUAUUGAAUGGCCACAAGGUGAUGAAGCGCUAUCAGCCGAAGCGAUGGAAGCUGUCGAUCUGCUGUUAACAAUCGAUCCCACAGAGCGUCCUGCAGCCAAAGAGGUGCAGCAAAUGCGCUUCUUCGAGUCCAUAGAAUGGCAGAAUAUUGAAAACGUUGAACCGCCCUUUGUGCCAACGCCCGAUAAUCCCACCGACACGGCUUAUUUUGAGGCACGCAACAAUUUGCAACAUUUAAAGUUGUCCAAUUUCACGCUAGAAGACUAAAGACACGUGGCUUAAGACUGUUUAGUGAGGAGUGGGGGGUCAGUGUAUUACUGGUGUACGCCGCAAUACAAAUUUUCUCCAUAAGUUUGACUAGUGAAUAUGCGAGAUAUCGUCACUUGAGAGCCAUAAUCGCAUUAUAAGAAAUAAGUAAAGCAUUACACACAUUCUUUAAUCUAAUUAAAUCGAAUAUUAUCGUUUUAUUGCUAUAUUUUUUAUUGCUUUCUUUAAUAUUGUUUUUACCGUAUGUAGCUAAUUUAUCUGUUAGACGUCUUGUUUUAUUAAAGAAUCCUUUCAAACCAGUUAAAAUUAUCUGUGUGUGUAGUAAUAUUUAGUUUUAAUAUCGGUUUUGUAGCAAUAUUUAAUUUAUAUGUAUUUGUGUCCAAUAUAAACAACAACAAAAAGUAGAAAGAUUUGUAUUUCCUUGAUGUAAAUACAAAUAUUUUUAUAAUCUCACAAAUAUCAUCAAAAGAGUUAAAAUUCUGCCUUAAGUGUAGCUUCCUGCUUUGAAUUACUCGAUUAUUGUUGUUGCGCGUGCAUAUAUAAUGAAUCGUACUGAAUAACAUGUAACAUAUCAAAUGUGUCAUUGUUUAAAUUAAUCGCAUUCAUGUAAAAUUUUCUCGUUAAAGCCAUUGUUUUA